CGUGCAUCGAGAAGGUUUUCAUCAUCAUUAAGCUUUACCAGUUGUCUAGAAAUUGAAAACCUCAUUAUUAGUUCAACCAUCUGCUGAACACGAUUAGUCCCAGGUUUCUCGUAUCAUAAUAAUUUUGUGCUACUGAUAUCGGAGAGAAGGAUCAUUUCCCGUUCCUAAAAUGGUGAUGAAAAAGAAAAAUCGUUCGCCAACCGGAUCUGAUGAGGAAGUCAAAGAAGAAGUGAAAGAGGAGCCCAAAGAAGAAAGCGAAGAGGAACCGGAGGAGGAAUCCGCCGACGAGGAAACCGAAACAUAUAAAACUAAAUUUGAAUUGUAUCAUGAAUUCAUUCAAGUGACAAAGGACUUCUUGAAUCAGUACGAUAGAAUGGUAGAGAAUAGGACCAAGUACCGAACGUUGUACCUGGUACACCUGAAUCGGUUCAGAGGAACACUGAUAACUCUGUUGCAUCAGUUUAUACUUAAUCAGUUACCGCGAGAUGAUUACCUGUAUCAACACAUAAAAUGUUGUGGGGAAGAAAUGUUGAACAACGAGGAAUUCGCUGUGCACUACAAGGAGGCACAUAGGAAGGCCGACAAAGUAAUUUCAUUGCCAGAGAUGGACGAAAUUCGUGCAUAUCAUAAAGCCUGCAAAAGGUAUAUCAGAGAUGGAAGAGUUGUCAAUGAUAAAUUGUUACUUUUGCUGAGGCGACUGUUGCGGAAAACGAACACGAUCUUGUCCCAGUCCUAGAGUUCUAAGGGAACCCCUUAAAGGCAACUACAAUAAUUUAACGACAUAUUAUUAACCUGAAAUUAUACCUUACGAUUAAUAAAGGGAAAACUUAUUUUUACUAUUAAA